AUGUCGGGGACAGAAAGCCUGCGUUACCUUACUCCCUCGUCUUCCUGCAAGGCGAAGGCAGAUCCGAGCAAAGAGGGAAGCGAAAGCAGGAGUCCAGAUUUGCUUCACUCCCGUAACAGGUUCCUUUCUUGCAGAUGCUCUUCCCCUCCGUCGGACUGCCACGCCAGCAAGACGGUGAGACGGGUCUUGGCUCUCUGCUCCAUCUCCUUCUUCACCUUGCUGGGAAACACCGCUCUGGAUCUUAGCCAACUUCUGGAGUCCUGGAGGCACACCGAGAAGGCCAUCAGCAAGCUCUCAUUGUGCCGGAGUUUCUUGGCACUCUCGGUGUUCAACCUCCUUGUCCAAGAAGCUAAUUGGCAAGGAGGAAGAGGAGGGGGGAGAAACAUGGCAGUGGAGAACAUUUCUUGGCUGGAAGACAUGAUAGUUGCUCUCUGCAAAGAAUCCUGGUGCAAGGACAACGAUCAUUUCAGCUGUCCAAAUGCCUCGAUCAGGGAGAGAAUCAAUGGCACUGAGGCCGCUGGGAUGGCUUUCUUGCAGCUCCAAAUGAUUGCAAGAAUCUUGGAGAUCCUUCAGACGCUUGAGGAGGGAGAUGACCAAAAGAUGAGAUCCAAUCCAGGCUGGUUAGAUGUAGUCUUUCUCAAACUUCUCCUGAGAACCAAAGGUACGUUGGUACGAGCUUCAGAAGUGUCCCACCACCCUGAAGAGGUCCAAGGUUUGUGGCAUCGGCUGUCUGCUCUUCUUACGUCUUCUGUUUUUACCUCCGAAAGCAGCCAAGAAUGUUGGGCUGAGCAUCCUGACUUCUCCAUUCUGGCCACCCAUCAUGAAGGACUCCACACAGUUGCUCCUUCUUCGCUCUUCUGGUCAUUGUCCCCUCCUUUAAUGGAUGAACUUGACGUCCUCCAGAGAUGCUCACUUGAGAAAAGCCAAGAGCGGCUUCAGAAGAAGUCUAAGGAUAUCAUCUCCCUGGUCAGUCUCAAAAUCAGCCUCUUGGUAGUCACCGGCCUUAUCUACCCGGCGGUCCUUUUUUCCUUCAAAGGGAUGACCGAAUGGAUCCAGAAUUAUGCCAGGACCCUCAAGGAGCGAACUGAGGAUCUGAAACGGGAAAGGCACUUAGCUGAAGACCUUCUCCAUCAAAUGUUGCCCAAAUCCGUGGCCAAACAGCUACGGAAACGCAAGCAUGUAGAGGCAGAAAAUUAUGACCAGGUGACCAUCUUCUUUUCGGACAUUGUGGGUUUCACCACCAUCGCGGCUUCGUGCACCCCGCUGCAGGUGGUGGAAAUGCUCAACAACCUCUACGUGUGCUUCGACACCAGGAUCGACUCUUACGACGUCUACAAGGUGGAAACCAUCGGGGACGCCUAUAUGGUCGUGAGUGGUCUGCCCGAGAGGAACGGCACCAGGCACGCCCACGAGAUCGCCAAGAUGGCCCUGGACCUAGUCGCUGCAGUCCGACAGGUUGUGAUUCCCCACCUGCCAACUAGCAAGCUGCAGUUACGGGCCGGGAUUCAUACAGGGCCCUGCGUGGCUGGCAUUGUCGGCCACAAAAUGCCCCGAUACUGUCUCUUUGGCGACACGGUGAACACGGCCUCUCGCAUGGAGUCAAGCAGUUUGCCACAGAAAAUACACAUCAGCUCAGUCACCUACCAGGCUCUGCUUGAAGACGAUGCCUAUGAAAUUGAGCCCAGAGGAGAAAUUGAGGUGAAGGGCAAAGGGAAAAUGAAAACUUACUGGUUGCUGGGAAAUAAGAACUACAGCGUCCAAAAUGACAGCCUCGUUUGCCACUGGAACCCGGGGAUGUCUCAGAGAAAGAAGGCAGGACCGAAAUCACCUUCCGGGCAGCAGGUAUGCCAUUGAAAAAUCACAAAGGGAGACCUUCGAGGUCAUCCAGUCUGACCCCAAUGAAGCCAGGGGUCAGGGUUCCAAACAGCAUUCAAAAAUAAAUCAGAGGCCAAGGCAAAGUAUUGCUCACAGUUCCUAUUUAUUAAGAGGGCCAUGUUAGCACAUCUGGGAAAACCUGAAUCAGAAAGCUUCCCGGUUUUCCCCACCCAGUUGAAAGUUCA